AUGAUCAAAUUCCUUCUGUCCGUCUUCCUGCUUCUGCCCUUUUUGCCCGUCUGCAUCGUAGAGUCUCUCCUGAAGCUUUUUAUUCCUAAGAAGAGAAAAUCAGUCACCGGAGAGAUCGUCCUGAUUACCGGAGCUGGACACGGAAUUGGCAGGCAGACUGCCUAUGAAUUUGCCAAACUUAAGUGCAAGCUGGUCCUGUGGGAUAUAAAUAAGCAUGGAGUUGAGGAAACAGCCGCCGAAUGCAAGAGACUGGGCGCGAAGGCUCAUGCCUUUGUGGUAGACUGCAGUAACCGAGAAGAUAUUUACAGUUCUGCAAAGAAGGUGAAGGCAGAAGUUGGAGAUGUUAGUAUUUUAGUAAAUAAUGCUGGUGUAGUCUACACAUCAGAUUUGUUCGCUACACAAGACCCUCAGAUUGAAAAGACUUUUGAAGUUAAUAUCCUUGCACAUUUCUGGACUACAAAGGCAUUUCUUCCCGAGAUGAUGAAGAGUAAUCAUGGCCAUAUUGUCACUGUGGCUUCAGCAGCUGGGCAUACUGGGGUCCCCUUCUUACUGGCUUACUGUUCAAGCAAGUUUGCUGCUGUUGGAUUUCAUAAAGCUCUGACUGAAGAACUGAGUGCCUUAGAAAGAACCGGAAUCAAAACAACAUGUCUCUGCCCUAAUUUCAUAAACACUGGCUUCAUCAAAAACCCAGGCACCAGUUUGGGACCUACCCUGGAACCUGAGGAAGUGGUAAACAAGCUGAUAGAUGGGAUCCUGACUGAGCAGAAAAUGAUAUUUGUUCCAUCUUCUCUCAGCCUUUUAUCACUAAUGGAAAAGAUGCUUCCUGAGCGUUUCGAGGCAAUUUUAAGACGAAAGAUUGAUAUUAGGUUUGAUGCAGUUAUUGGAUAUAAAAUGAAAGGAAAAUAA